GUCGAGAUUUGAUAUGCAUACAGUCCAUGGAUGGGAUGCUCAUGUUAUUUGAACAGGAAAGCUAUGCUUUUGGCCGUUUUUUACCUGGUUUUCUUCUGCCUGGUCCAUUGACUUACAGCUCUCGGACAGAUUCUUUCAUUACAGUGUCGUCUUGUCAACAGGUCGAGAGUUACAAAUACCAGGUGCUGGCAUUUGCGACAGAUGCUGAUGAAAGACAAGAAACAGAACAGCAAAAGCUUAGCUCUGGAAAAAGACUUGCGGUGGAUUGGGUUUUAAACAUCGGAGAGCAAGCACUGGAUAUAUGCGUUGUCUCCUUUAAUCAGGCAGUUUCUUCUGUUUUUGUACUUGGCGAGAGAAACUUUUUUUGCCUUAAGGAUAAUGGGCAAAUUCGAUUCAUGAAGAAGCUUGAUUAUAGUCCAAGUUGCUUCAUUCCUUAUUGUUCAGUGAAAGAAGGAACAAUAAAUACUCUAGUUGGAAACCAUGGUAAAAUAUUGAACAUUUAUCAAGAUGUUACACUGAAAUGGGCCACUCAACUUCCCCACAUUCCUGUAUCAGUAAAAGUAGCAAAUUUACAAGACUUGAAGGGUGUUAUAGUCACUCUGAGUGACAACGGGCAUCUUCAGUGUUCUUACCUUGGGACUGAUCCCUCACUCUUCCAGGCUCCUAAAGUUGAUUCUAGGGAAAUAAAUUAUGAAGAAUUUGAUGCUGAAAUGAAAGAGCUUCAGAAAAUCAUCAAGGAGGCCACACAAACACAAGAUAUUUUGCCCAAAUCCGAAAAACACAGAGAUCUAACUGUCACAGCAGAAGUCUCGCCUCAUUUGGAUGCAGAAUCUCAAGCCAUUGACAGUGAGAUAAAAGCAGCGGCAGUACCAUCAGUCACAGUAAAGAUAACAAUACAGAGCAGAGUGACUGCACAGAAACCAAACCUGGCUGUAUGUGUACAAGCUCCAUUGGCAGUGACCUGUGACCAGUUCAUCUUUCAUGAUUUAGAACCGGAUUCAUCUGAAACUGUGGUCCUGUCUGUCUUUUUGAAGGGGAAUUGUUCUCCAUCAGAACUAGAAGGAAAUUGUGUGGUUUCAUAUAAUACACCAACAGAGCUCAAUCCUGAAGGAAUACUGAAAGUUGCACAGUGUAACUUCAGACUGCCUUUGCGGUUAGUUUGCUCUCCAGCUCAACCUUCAAAAGCAGCAAACCACAAGCUAACUAUUGAUACCAAUAAACCUCCUGUCAGUUUUCUCACCGUUUUUCCAGGUAGGUUUUUAAAUAUGUCUGUAAUAGGAGACGUGUUAGGAACUCCAACAGGAGUUGUUUGUCUGUGCCAAGUAAUGAG